GCUGGCGCCCGGGCCCCGGCGAGUGUGCGCGGCGACUUGGGCCACCGACGGCGGUGCGCGAGGACCGCGGCUGACCCGCCGGCGCCAUGCGCGCCCCGCCCGGCCUGCUGGGGCCCCGGGGGCCGCUGCCGCUGGCCCUCCUGUGUCUCCUCGCCGCGGCGCGCGGGAGCUUGGCGGACGGCCAGCCCUCAGCUUCACCUUUUACCAGUCUACCCACACAAGAAGAAAUGACGACAAAGAAUUCUAACCUUUCCUUGACGACAAAGUAUUCUAACCUUUCCUUGGAGAGUCCUAACAUAUCACUGACUGCUUCAUCUUUUACAAGUCUACCCAUCAGAGAAAAAAUGACGACAAAGUAUUCUAACCUUUCCUUGGAGAGUCCUAACAUACCACUGACCGCUUCACCUUUUACAAGUCUACCCAUCAGAGAAGAAAUGACGACAAAGUAUUCUAACCUUUCCUUGGAGAGUCAUAACAUAUCAGUGACCGAACAUUCCUGUGUACCAGUGGAAAAAAAUAUCACUUUAGAAAGACCUUCUAAUAUAGAACUCAUAUGCCAAUUCACAGCAUCUAGGGAUGUGAAUUCAGUAAAUGUGACAUGGAAAAAAGGUGAUGAACUACUUGAGAAUUAUCUCAUCAAUGUAACAGGAAGCAUCGUGUAUGCCCAGUAUAUGUUUACCAUCAUUAAUAGCAAACAAAUGGGAAGCUAUUCUUGUUUCUUUGGAGAGAAAAAGGAACAAAGGGGUACAUUUCAUUUUAAAGUCCCUAAGAUUCAUGGAAAAAACAAACCAUUGGUCACUUAUGUGAGGGAUACAACUGUCUUGAUAUGUAAAUGUCAACAUUGUUCUCCUUUAAAUUGGACCUGGUACAGUAGUAAUGGGAGUGUCCAGGUUCCUAUUGAUGUUCAGAUGACUGAUAAGUAUGUGAUCAAUGGAACAAAUGCUAAUGAAACAAGGCUGAAGAUAAUGCAACUUACAGAGGACAAUCAGGGGUCUUACUGGUGCCAUGCCGUGUUCCAGUUGGGCGAGAGUGAAGAGCGUGUUGAACUUGUGGUGCUGAGUUACUUGGUGCCCCUCAAACCAUUUCUUGGAAUAGUUGUUGAGGUUGUUAUUUUAGUGGCUAUUAUUCUGCUUUAUGAAACGUACACCCAAAAGAAAAAGAAGCACAUAGAUGAUGGGAAAGAAUUUGAACAAGUUGAACAGCUGAAAUCAGAUGAUAGCAAUGGUGUAGAAAAUAAUGCCCCCAGGCACAGAAAAAAUGAAUCUGUGAGCCAAUGAAUGCGAAACAUCAUGUCAAGAGUCAUGGGAAGAUGUACAGUUUGUAUUUCAGCUUUAUUUAUGCUUCCUGUUAAGAACAUCUGACUUUUUAUUUUUAAAAGGAUGAAAAGUUUAUGCAAUAUAUUGCUCAGCAGUAGCUUUGUAAUAAUAUAUACUAUCUGGGAUCUAAA